UUUUCAUUCGUUGCUCUUCUGUUUUCUUCCCGAACCGCUCUCGAUCUCGGCGACAAACUUUCACAACCUCGACGACAAUUUCCACAAACUCCAACACUCCUUCGUCUACCCAGGUAUGCGUUAGAUAUCCAUCUCACGUCUCAACCAAACCAUCGCCUUCUCCAUUCUUGCGUACAUCCUCUUAUUUCGACCUCCUCUGAGUCUCGCUUGAUUCCUGAAAGCAAAGACUGAAACAGACCAAAGACACGUUUCUCGGAAGCGUCCGCUUCAUUCUUACCUCUUCUCAUCGCGUCACCAAUUCAAUUCCUAUGAUUCAUCAAUAGCAUACGGCUUAUUCCUCUCUCUAUUUCUCGACGUGACUCUCUGCAUAAACCGAAAUUCGAAAGGACAGCAAGGCCGCUCUGAGCAUGGAUGGCAAUCAACAACAGACCAUUCUACGCGCCAUUGCAGUUUCAUCCCUGAACCUGUAUCCUCAGGAGCAAUCAAAUGCUCUCAAAGUCUUGGAAGAACUCAAGAGAUUUGAUGGCCGCAUAGCAUUAUGUAUAUCGUGGUUGACACAAGAGCGACACGUUUUUGGAGAACAUGACAUUACCGUACCGACCAAACUACUCUUGCUGGAGAUUUUACACAACUUUUUACGAACGGGUGGCUACACACAAUGCGAUCCCAAUGAUCGACUUACACUGCGACAAGCCGUACUGGGGACGGCCAAGCAAUACGCACCGAGUUCACCGGCUGUGGCAGAAACCAGAAUACUGGGAAACAAACUGGCAUCGCUACUGGCUGGAUUGGUCGUAAGAGAUUUUCCGCAACGAUGGACCGGAUUUGUCAAUGAAGUACUGUCUCCCAUGAGACAAGGUGGACUCUGGUACAAUGAACCUGGAGCGGAAGCUGCCACUCAAACGGGAGUGAGAAUAUGUCUCGAAUGUCUCAAAUUGGUGGCGGAAGAUUGUACGGACAGUGAUUUUAAUGCCAAGAUUUCCACAACUAGACGAAAUGAUAUCUUGACAGGACUCAACGAGGUGUCUUCGGAAAUUUUGCCACUAUUCUUUCAUAUCCUCGAACAUGUUUCGUUUCUCAACCAAACCAACGCCACACUACACAGUAUGAGGACGUAUCUGUUAAGCAACAAUCGCGGGUUUUCGAGCAUGAACCAGGAAGAGGCACUGGCGUACCAAACACAACUCAAUUUGCAAAAUCAAACAGGGAAAUUAUUGGCGGAUACUUUGGAAACCAUGAAGUAUUUUUGCCGCUCCAUGCCACUGGAUUGGAUGCUGGGGGGUAGUAGUAGUACUGAUUCGACAAAAGGAGGAGCGACGACAGCCACCACCAAUGGAAAUCACCACCAAAUCGACUUUAUCGCAGCGCUGCUUCAUCUCUUGCGAGAACGAACAGAAAAUGUACAAAUUUUGGCUCUAGAGUGUCUGGAGCAGUUGACUCUCCGUGGAAAAUUGACGUUUCAUCAGUGGUUUCGGUUGAUAUCAGAGUUGCCAGCAGCCAUUGGAGAAGCAAAUCGCUUGUUUCAGACAGAAUCCAUUGAACAUUUGCAAGUCGAACAGGCGUUGAAGUCAGGGUCUGGCCAAGUUACUCCGUUGAAUUCGUCGGAUACAUUGACCUUGCAGCUUGAUUUUCAUCGCGGCUUGGCUCGGCUACUGGCCUCCUUACUAUCUUCCUACAUUUCGCAUAUCAACAAUGACAAACAAAUCUUGGGUUGUAACGGGGACCACUACGACAAACUACAUGCUUACUUACGGUUGGUUGUGGAUAUGCUGCACCAUCCGUCGGGUCGCAUCGUGUCCGAACAGACCAAUGCGUGGGUUUCUCUGCUUCGAGACCCGCAAGUUGUCAAGGCCAAAAUUCUACGGCCAUUCACGCAGGAAAUUUUAUCGUGCUUUAUGGAUCCCAUGAUUCGAAUUCGUUGGGACGAUGUCGAGAACCAAAUACACCCACAGACAUCCUUGAUGGAGGCCAGUUGGGAUGAUGUAGAAGAAUACGACAGCUGGAUGGCAGAUUUUCGAUCCAAGGCGAGCCUCCUCUAUCGCUUUUUGGCCAACAACGACCCUCGAGUGGCAUCGUCAACCGUUUCUGCCCGUGUCAUUCAAAUUCUGCAAGCUCAUGGCAAUGGGGAACCCGUCAACAACGUUGAUCCUUCCAAUAAUCAUCAAUUGACACCAAAGAGCGACGCAGUGAUGCAGCUGGAGGCACUGUGCCAACCAACCGACAAUAUUUUGAGUGGUCUCCCAGAAUGGUCACUGGCAGACGAUAGCCGAGUUUCUGACCGUGAAAGAGCGGAGAUACGGGCAAGCACGCGUGCUUCUCUAGCAAAACUCGCACAGGCUCUGGUAUCUUGGAACCCCACUUUUUUGUGGCUAAAGUUUCGACGUGCAACGCUCCUGGAGGCUCAGAAACACUUUUGGAAAUAUGAUCCAUCCACUUUAUUGCCGGCAAUCGAGUCUUUGUUUCGAUACCUAAGCGACCCAGAUGAUUGGAGAGGACUGGAUGCGUCUGCAACAGCCAAUGCAAACAACAAUUUGAGUGACGAAGUCAUUGGUUUGAGAAAGAAGAGUGGAGUCGCGCUCGUUUCCAUCGCACGCACGGUACCACACCAUCUUGUCCCUUGGUUGUCGCAGCUCAGCCAGGCCACCGGAUCGUUGCUUUCAUCCCAAAAGCUCAUGCCAGUGAAUCACAUGCAUCUGUAUGAGUUCCUUUCUUGUGUCGCGACCGCUGUGGAGGACCCGACUGCUAGAUCGGCAUUCAUCGCUGAUGUCUUGUCCAAUUCGGUGAAUGCUUUGGAAUCCCCGGAGGUGCAGGAAAGAAUAUCCAAUGUACAAAACUUCCUCACUUCUAUGGGGGUUGUCGGUGCAGCUCAAUAUCCUGAAAGUGUAACGGAUGCGACAAACGUCAAGCGAAUAUCGAAAAGUUACCAUGAUAUGUUCAACGCCAUCAAUCAGCUCAUGUCGGUUGGAAAGCGGUGCAACGAGGCAGCCAGGAAGCGCAUUGCAUCUGGCGGGGCUCUACCUGGUACGAAUGGUUCUGGAGACAUUACGCUUCACAGCUUUCCAGAUGAGGGUCCUGUAAGCUUGCGCGAUCUAGCUGUGAACGAUCCGUUUGCCCCCCUCUGGCCUCGUUUUGCCUCUUCUGUUGUAAAGCUACUGAAUGUCAUCCUCGGCACCUGGCAUCCCGAACAGCAAGCAGCCUUACUGCCCAAUAGGCUCCAGCGGUAUGCCUUUGCUAUUUCCGACGAUGAAGCCUUUCUGAUGAGAAAUCACGACAAGCAUUCCGGGGGCGUUUUCGGCGAAGGUGGGACGGCUGGUAGUGUCGUGGCCGGCACCGACCGCCGAGACAACAACCUGGUACCCAAAUGGAGCGGAUGGUUCAACGAAAUACGACACACAAUGUUCCAAAUACUUGGUCUUUUGUCUGCAUCGCGAGUAAUUUAUGCACCCGAAAUGACGGAUAUGUUUCCGCAUAUCACUGCGGUACUCGUCAACCCAAUGAACUUGAGAUCCAUGGAGCAUCGUCACAUGAACCAUUUCAUCAAACACUUUGUUGAACUAUUGCUGCUGAGCUGCCCAGCCAGUUUGUACAGCACGCACCUGGCGCCAAUUCUUGGACCGUUCAUUGAGCACAUGCUGGAUCGUCUUGGUAAAACCUGGGCGCCAGUCCUCGGCGGACAAGGUUCCCAGGUGCCAACGAAAGCAUUAGGUUCUGCGGAUUGCCAAUCAGCCGCAGCGCUUGCAGCUCAAGGAGGCGACAAUUGGUUUGCUGCGUACUACGCUAGAGCCGGCCUAAUGGUCGGGGACUUGGACGCCAUAUCCGCAGAGGCGGCCGUUGAAAAGGGCCGUGUUGAACUGACACGAAACUUUUGUGAUAUGCUACAAUCCUGUUUGGCUUUGAAAGGAGACUGGGCGCUUGUUCUUGCGUACCAAGCCAAGGAAGAGCACGCUCUGAAGCACAGUAACAGCUUCAAGAUGAAGAAGUCGGGACCAAAGACUCGCCCCGCUUCUGAGGGCCCAGUCAAUGUCGAUGGCACUCCUCGUAGCGAAGCCCAAAUGGGUCUUGACGCACGGAAACUCUUACGAAUCAAUGCCAUGAGCCACUUUUUGUUUCUGGAAAAUGAGGCAAUCGCGGGUAACCUUACCUUGGCCGUCAUCCAGUGCCUGGCUUACCCUGACGCAUACACUUGCCGACGCGUGACAAAGAUUUGCCACCGAAUCAUCGAGACUGUUGCUUGGGCUCCACAAUACACUGACUUGAUCGGAAAUCGGAUGUUCACUCAGGCUGUAAAGAACAUUGUCACGGAACCAAAAUGGAUGGUCGGCGUUGAGUGGGACAUGAUCAAUGUUGUGCGAGACAUCUACUGUCGUCUUGUACUUGGCCAGGCGCUACAACCAGGAGGGCAAGGUGCAGGGCAACAACAAAACAAACUACCGCACAACAUCAACGAGUUUGAGCAAGCAAAGACUGUGGAUCGGCCGUUGAGCGGAGGUGGUAUCUUGACAACCCCAAGCAAUCUGCCUCGUCACGUUCUUGCUGCUCUCCCAGGCAUUGACAUGAACGCCAUUGACCAGCUGGAGCAAAACAUGAACAGAAAGAAGUCUGCCAAAGGCCAAAAGGAUGCAAUGCGGGAUCUCCUGAGAGCAGCCAGUGACAACCUGAAUCGGGAUACCAAUGGAAGUGGCUCGGCUGCUGGCAUCUUCGAUCGUGCCGUCCAAGAAGAAUCCCUGUUGCAUCAGAACCGACGACCUGGUGGUAUCGAGGCAUUGCCCGAGAAGCUUGUCACACGCAGCAUGUUGGAAAAGCAGAAUCGACCAGCCGAACAACCAGACGGACCACCAACACUCUUCGCCUGAAUGCUCACAACGCUACUCACAUGUAUAGAAUGCUAAAAUAUGAAUGUCUUAGUUAGACCUGGACGCAACCUGGAACUGAUGUUGGAUGGUGGCGCUUCUUCCUCGAGGUCUGCAACGCAACGCCUUC